AAAUGAAUUAAGAAAAUAAAACAGUAAAUUAGCAAUUUUAUCAUUGCAUAGUGAACAUUAAAUUAAAAUCAUCGAGUAAAUCUUUAGACAAGUUUGAAAUAAUAAGUACUUAAUUUAAUGUACCUACAUAUUGUGAAUUUUUACUAGAAUUUGUGACUCAUAGUGCGGAAAGGAAAAUUAGCAGAUUUUUUUCAAAGUGAAGAGCAACUGAAACAUAUUGCAGGAGUGAUCUGCUUGCUAGUGCUGGAUUAUACAUAAACCAUUUGAAAAGAUUUAUUUGGUCCAUCAGUGAAAAUAAGACAGUUGAAAAAUGUCUGUCAUCGGAAUCGAUUUUGGCAAUGAGUCUUGCUAUGUCGCCGCCGCCAAAGCUGGUGGGAUUGAGACACUCGCAAACGACUACAGCUUGCGCGCAACACCUUCCUUUGUUGCUUUUGAUGGAAGGAAACGUAUCAUUGGUGUGGCUGCAAAAAAUCAACAAGUCACAAACAUGAAAAAUACAGUGAGCGGUUUCAAACGUUUGUUAGGACGUAAAUACAACGAUCCACACGUACAACGUGAACUCAGCAGCAUUCCAACUAAAGUCGAUCAACGUCCCGAUGGCAGUAUUGGCUUCAAAGUUAGCUAUUUGGAUCAAGAGCAGUACUUUUCUCCCGAACAAUUGACAGCAAUGCUUUUUACUAAGCUAAAAGAAACAUCAACAGCUGCUUUGCAAGCACAGGUUAAUGAUUGUGUUAUCACUUGCCCAGCAUAUUUCACCAACUCUGAGCGCAAGGCAUUACUGGAUGCUGCUCAAAUUGCAGGCCUCAAUGUUUUGCGUCUCAUGAACGAAACUACAGCAACAGCGCUUUCUUAUGGUUUUUACAAACAAGAUUUGCCUGAGGAUAACAAGCCGCGAAAUGUCGUUUUCGUCGAUUGCGGUAAUUCAUCACUUCAAGUUAGCGUAUGCGCCUUUACUAAGGGUAAAUUGAAGAUGCUUGCAAGCGCUUGGGAUCAGAUUGGUGGACGUGACUUCGACAAUGUUUUGGCGGAGCAUUUCGCUAAAGAAUUUUAUGAUCGUUAUAAGUUAAACGCCAAAACAAAUCCACGUGCUUAUCUACGUUUGCUUACGGAAAUUGAGAAAUUGAAAAAGCAAAUGUCUGCAAACAGUACAAAGCUGCCGAUUAAUAUAGAAUGUUUUAUGGAUGAUGUUGAUGUUUCCUCGUCAAUGCAACGUACGCAAAUGGAGGAAUUGUCCGCGCAUCUAUUUAAGCGUGUCGAGAUGACAUUCAUUAAGUUAUUGCAGGAUUCCAAAUUGUCACUGGAUGACAUACACUCGGUGGAAGUUGUUGGAGGCACAACUCGUAUUCCGGCGAUAAAGCAUCUUAUCGAACAGGUCUUUGGUAAACCUGCCAGUACAACUUUAAAUCAAGAUGAGUCAGUUUCACGCGGAGCAGCAUUGCAGUGUGCUAUUAUGUCGCCUGCAGUUCGUGUUCGUGAAUUUGGAGUGACUGACAUUCAAAAUUAUGCUGUUAAAGUGAGUUGGGACGGUGAGGGAUCCCAAGCAGGCGGUGAAAUAGAUGUAUUUCCCGCAUUCCAUUCGGCUCCAUUUAGCCGAUUGCUAACGCUGAAUAGAAAAGAACCUUUCUCAAUGACUGUGCAAUAUGCACAAGCUAUACCGUUCCCAGACCCAGUUAUCGGUAAAUGGUUCAUUAAAGAUGUUAAGCCAAAUGAGCGUGGAGAACAUCAAGAAGUUAAAGUGAAAGUCCGUAUCAAUCACCAUGGCAUUGUUCUAAUUUCAAGUGCUUCACUUGUUGACAAGAAGGAAGACGAAACUGCCAAUGCUGCAGCCAACGCUGGCGAACACGGCUCAGCACCGGGUAACGACGAAAAGGGCAAUGCUGGUGAUCAACAACAACAGCAAGCUGGUAAUGGCGGUGAACCAAUGGAUGUCCAACAAGAGGCAUGUAAUGAAAAUGAGGAAGAUAAUAAUACAUCAACAGCCUCAUCACCUGGAGGACAAGGGUGGGCUCAGCGGGUCAAGGGCUGGUUUAGUUCGGGUACCGAAAAGAAAAAGAAGGCAACUAAAUUAAUUGAGCUUCCAAUGGAAGUGAAGACUCAUGGUUUCUCAUCGCCUGACUUGCAAAACUUGGUCCAGCAGGAGUCAAAAAUGAUUGCAAACGAUGCACGCGAGACUCAACGCGUUGACGCUAGAAAUGCCCUCGAGGAGUAUGUUUACGAUAUGCGUAAUAAGCUUCAGGGAGGUCCACUUGAGCGUUAUGUUUUAGAAGCUGAUCGUGAAGCCAUCUGCUCUCAACUCAAUGAUCUAGAGAACUGGUUGUACGAAGAAGGAGAAGAUUGCGACCGUGACACUUAUGUAAAUAAAUUAAAAGGACUUCAUAGCCAAACUGAUCCCAUAAAAGAACGCGCCAAUGAUUACGAGAAUGCACCAGCUGCUUUCGAUGAACUGAACCAUAGCAUCCAGGUAGCGCGCGGUGCUAUCAAUGAAUUUAAAAAGGGCGUCGCUAAAUAUGACCACCUCACUGAAGCUGAAUUCUUGAAUAUCUCUGAAGCAGCUGAUAAGGCGCAGAAAUGGCUUGAUGUUCAUAUGUCAAAGUUUACGCAAACACCGCGUAUGCAUGAUAGCCCCGUAAAAGUGGCCGACAUACGUCAUGAAGUUCAGACACUGAAUAGCUGCGUCAAUUCGGUUGUUAAUCGUCCAAAACCAAAACCUGCUGCGAAACCAGCGCCUGCGAAAGAUGCCAAUGCUCCUGGAUCGGGUGAACAAAAUGGUGAGAAUGCAGAAAAAGAAAACGAUAAAGCGGCACAUAAUCCAAUGGAUGAUGCUUCAAUGGAUGUGGAGUAAAUUAAACAAGAGAUAGUUGCUAUUAUGGUGGGGGUGUUUAGAGAAAGUAAGUCGUCCUGUCGUGCCCAUGACCAGUGAAGCAGAAAACUUGAAACAGAAGCGGAGUUUCUAGAUUUUGUUUACACAUCAGUUGAUAUACAAUAAAUAUGAUUAUGGGGAAUUUAGGUGGACAUGUAGAUCAAAGUGGAUAUGAAAAAAAAACAAAAAAUGAUAACGCAGAUCUUGCAUUGUGGGCGAUUAUAGGUAUCAAUAUAAUACAUAUAAUGAAUGAAUGAAUCAGAAAUUAUUGAAAUAAAAUAACAACCAAUAAAGCGCCGUUUGGAUUCUACUGUUCUUUACAUGCAAAUUCGAAUGAAAAGAUUCAAUAUUUACAAUAAAAAAUUAAUAUUUAUAAUUUUACUAAUGCCUAAAUAAAAAUGCUAAAAUAACGAAUAUCUAAUAUAUUUCCAAAUAAUAAGCCCAUCCAUUCAAUGGUAGAAACAAAACCAUAUUAUAAUCACUUAUGAGAAAAAUUUGAUUUGACAACCUUAAGUUGGUUUAAAAAAUGCUUUCUAAUUUAUUAUUUUGCCUAAAAGUGGGCUGUUUUCUAUCUAUUUAAUUAGCAUAAACAUCAAAUAUAUUUAUGCUAAAUGAAUUUAAAUUGCACUAUUAAAAACUGACGCCCGGAUUAAAUAAAAUUUUCGAUUCCCCUCAGAUUUCUGUACAACUCGAAAAUUUUGUAAUUUUACUUGCAUUUUUAGAAAGUAAUGAAAUCAUAUAUUCUCCUGAUUCAUAUUCUCUCUUUUUCAAUUUUGUUUAAAAAACAAUUAUCCAAUAUUGAAGUUGAAAUGCAGCAGUUCUUAUUAUUUUAUUUUUUGCUUUUUUAAGCUCUCCUAAUAAGCUUAUAAAUGACGGUGCGUUGAGUCAGCCCGAAUAAACAUACAUACAUAUUAUUGCAUUGUAGAAGCUCAUUCAUUUAACAAAUAAAUUUGUGUUAUCGCAAAUAGUUGCUUCGGUAUUAAUUUUUAGAAACUAGCAGAUUUUUCAAGUAAUAGUAACUGUAAAGAUCGACUAAAUUGAAUUUGUAAAGGAAUAAAUUUAAUCUAAUAAUAAACUAAAAAAAAAAACGAGUACACAACACCAGA